UUUGCUUUGUUAGAUUACAAUAUACGUUCUGGAAAGCAAUUGAAGGAAAUUGAUUUGAGUACCAACUCCAAAGCACUGACUGAACAAAAGCAGCGAGAUUCGCGUGGUGUAUCAAGCUCUAAUCGACAUCUUAAACUAGGUGAUGCUCACCAAGUUGCAAACUAUUUUCUCACUGGAGGACCAUUAAAAGGUCAUGCACAUUUCGUAAAAGAUUGUGAUUCAAAUAAUGAUGACAAUGAUACAGAAAAAACAAGUAAUCCUACUAUUAAGACUAAUACAGAUUUACUUAUAAAUGAACAGGAUUCAAACACAACUUCAUCCGAUUCUAUUGUUGGGGCUCCUUUACCACAUAUUCCUCUACCACAUAUUCCUCCACCACAUAUUCCUCCAGUACCACAUAUUCCUCCACUACCUAUUCCUCCGCAUUUGAAUUCCAUUUUACAUCCAGCUUUAAAUACAAUAAGUAGAUUACCACAUUUGCUAGGGAAUAAUUUUUUACAAUCUGUAUUACACCCUGAUUUACAUCCACAUAUCAACACAUUACAUGAUAUUCCUAGUACAUUAGUAAAAACAGUUAGUGCGCCAGUAAGUGAGUUAAUAAAUGCCAGAUCAGAGCUCCAAGAUAUGUUGCACCCAAAUGGAUCGUUUCUUAGAAGUAUCAAUGAAGUAAGUAAUACAAAAUGUAAUGUAAUGUAAUUCAUAUAUUUUUGUAAUUCUAUUUCAUACUUAUAUUUAAUAAAUUUGAGGCACGAGAAAAUAGAAAAGCAAGGAAAAA